CCCGCCCCCGCCCGCAGAGCCCGGAUGCGGGUGACGCGCGGCCGCCAUCUUCCAGUCCCGGAGCCAGCGCCAGUCGGAGCCAGCGCGAGCCGCCGCCGCCUCCGCCGCCGCCGCCGCCAUCACUGCCGCUGCCAAGUCCCCCGCCUGCUGCCUCCGCCAUGUCUGCGACGGCUGCCACCGCGCCCCCCGCCGCCCCGGCUGGGGAGGGCGGCCCCCCCGCACCCCCGCCAAACCUCACCAGUAACCGGAGACUGCAGCAGACCCAGGCCCAGGUGGACGAGGUGGUGGACAUUAUGAGGGUGAAUGUGGAUAAGGUCCUGGAGCGGGACCAGAAGCUGUCAGAGCUGGAUGACCGCGCCGACGCACUCCAGGCGGGGGCCUCCCAGUUUGAAACCAGUGCUGCCAAGCUCAAGCGCAAAUAUUGGUGGAAAAACCUCAAGAUGAUGAUAAUCUUGGGAGUGAUUUGCGCCAUCAUCCUCAUCAUCAUCAUCGUUUACUUCAGCACUUAAAUCCCUGAGGAGUCAGCCCUGCCUAGAGAAGGGCCCCUCCCCCACCCCGCCGUCCCUCCACCUUUCAGCCAUAUCUUUCACCCCCUCCCGGAUUCGUGUGUGUGUGUACGUGUGUCCGUGUGUGUGCCCCUCCCUGUAAAUAGCCAGCUGUUAUUUAUACAUAUAUAAUAUUAUAUAUAUUUGGUCUGUUUGUAGUUUUAUUACUAGAAGAUUUUUCCGGUUGUCCUUAACACCCCUUCCUGAGGUUCCUGUCAUCUCCUGUCCCUCCCUCUUUCCCUCCUCCUCUCUCCCCCACCAGCCCCAGUCCCUUCAUUUGCAUCUGCUAUGCAAUAGUCCCUUUCCUCUUCUCCUUUCUUUAACUGAUGCCCAAGCCUCCCCUCCACAUAAUCCCCAAAACAAAAAGCACCUGUGCAGGCCUCCUUGGGAGGCUCUGAGACUGGCCCUGCUUGGUCCUAAGCUUCCCCAGGUCUGGGAGCUUCCAGCAUGUUGAUUAGCAUACAUUUGCGUACUGGCAUUCUGGUUUCAAUGUUUUAGUUCUGUCACUUUCAACCUGUGUUUCUUUUUUACUGAGGAGGUAGUCCCUGUUGGUUCUCAUACCACACUUUGAUUUGCACGACAUUACUUGCAGGUGGAAAGGAGCCGGGGCUUUUGAGGAACCAGAGUGUUCUGGUCCCCACAAUUGCCCUCUCCCAGCCCUUCUAGCCAUUUGCCUCUCCUACCCCAUUUUCUAAACCUCUUGUGCCCGCCUCUCCCUCCCCCCCAGCUGGUGUGUAAGUGUCUUGGAGUUUAGUGUGCUGUGAUGGACCAAUAAUUCUGCCACUCUGGGUCUCUCCCUACAUUCCUGCUGCCCAGUGUUCAUGUGGGACACUCGGUUGACAUUCCCAUGGGGUCUCCCUCCCAUCUGCCUGAUCCACCUCCUCCCCCCACAAGGAGAGUUGGAAGUUGGCUACAAUCUGAUUUCUUUUGGGAUGGGUGGCUGCCAGUAUGUGUGUGCUGGGGGGGGGGUCAUCACUGCCUUGGGGAGGAGUGGGGCCGGGCAGAGAAUCCCCCCAGUUCCUGCCUGAAAUCUCUGGCCUCACCCUUCCAGGAGAUUGGAGGUUGGACUGAAAACCUUCCUCCCCAAUUUGGGGGAUGUUGCCCCUAUCACUGCCCAGCUCCUCUGACUGCCCCCCUGUAUUCAGGGUGGGGGUACUAGUCACUGCCAAUGUGUAUAUGGGACUUGCUGGAUGAUGGGGAUUCUUGUCCCUCUCCAUGGCCACUGGGCCCAGAGAGAGCGCGAGCGAGAGUGUGCACACCGAGAGUGCUGUCCCCUCAUUAGGUGAAGUGAUAGAGCCAAGGUCUAAUGUCUUUAAAUGGCACAAUUUUAGGGGUUCAGUAUGCAGUCCCUUAACCUGCCACUGGAGGGGGCCCCCAAUCUCUUCCUCCCACAUUCCAGGUGUUCUGUGUGGAGGGGGAGCAGGGAGAUCUAAAUUGUGGUGUGUGAAAGGGUAGGAGAGAUGCUGGGGGUGGGGGUGCUGUGUUCUAGACACCCCAUAUGAUCCCAGUGUCCCCUGCCUUCCCUCUUCCCUCACCCCCUUACCCCCAAUUCUGUGGCGCAUCCAGAUUGUGAAAAUGUACAAUAAAUGUGUAAUGAGUAACCA